AGAACAAGGAAAUACUCAAACCACUAAAAUCUCAGUUGCAGUAAUGUGGGUGGAGCAGCUCAACAACAAACUGCAGGUUGGUACCAGAAUCAAAGCUCCGUCCUACAGUCAUUGUGUUCUUGUACUAAUCUGUGUCGUGUCUUUAAACUCGCUCUUCUGCUUUCAAGUGAUGACGGCUGUCAGUGAAUCACUUAAACACUGAAAGGAGCUGAAAACGUGAUGUUUUUCAGGCUGAUCGUGAAGAGGAGACGUAUACUGACUUCAGUCGUCAGACUGUGGGCUCGUUCUCGUCCAUCAUCUGAGCAGUCUUCAUGGACUGGUUUCACUCUGUUUCUCUGUGGAUUUUUAUUCUCAGCUUGGAUUUUGUUAAAGGAUCAUUUGUAGUGGAUGUGACGCAGAGCUCCUAUCAGGCAGAGGAGAACCACGACAUCACACUGGAGUGGACGUUCACCACCAAACCAGACACGACCAUCUCAGCACUGAGGAUCCUCUGUAGCCUGAAUAAUGACUUAACUCUGUAUUAUCUCCUUGAUGGUGUCGAGUUCUCAGAAGUUCAGGAUGAAGAGUUUUCAGGACGAGUCCAGAGUGACAAAGACGCCCUCAGAGAAGGACGAAUCAGACUCCAGCUGUCCAGACUCAGGACUGAUGACUCAGGUCUGUACCUGUGUGAGGUGGACACAGGUUAUGGCCGUGGCUACAACAGCUGCAGAGUCACCGUCUCUGAAUCAAAGUCUGAGAAAAAAGAAAAAUCUCGGCAACCUGGAAGAAUCCGACCAGAUCUGGAUAAAGAAUCCAAAGUCAAAGUGUGGGGAAUAAUUAUCCUUGCUGUAUAUAUGUGUGGCUUGCUGAUGCUGUGUGGAUAUGUGCUUCUUCUGAAAUGUCUAAACCAAAUUGAAACUUCCUCACACAAAUCCAGGGAGUUCACGAUGACGAACGUUUCAGCAGGUGAAACUCCUCAUUCAGUGUCAGGACUGACAAGAACAGCUGGAAACUGUAGAGCCAGACUGUGAAUAGAAACUAAUCACAACAACAUGUUGAUAUUUGGAAAUUUUUAGUUUGAGGCUUGUAACAAGUUUUUACCUGAACCCGGCACAACACUCUCUCACACACACACACACACACACACACACACACACACCUCUGGGUUAUGCUGGAGUUCACUUCAUUUACAGUGUUUGGAGCUGAAGUCUUGGAUCAGCUCCUGUGUGGCCCUGUAGCUCCAACCAGCUCUCACUCAGCUCUGUCCCACUCUGCUGCUUACUGAACAAGGUAACGAGAUGUUCAGUAAGUUGGUGUCAAGAACCAGCGGAGGGAAACAUUUGAAUCCAGGGCUUCAGUCUCAUGUUGACAUCUUUCAACUCAUUCUGAGACAAACCAGCUGGAUCGAGUUGAACAAGAUUUCCAAAACUUUAAAGAAUCUGUGAUUUAUAUUGAUUUUAAGUGGGUUUAAAGAAACCUGCUAUGAAUGAUGAGUGGGGGAAUAGAUAAACUGAACAGCACGAUAUAAACUCUGACUGGAUGUUUCAGUGACAUCGUUAAAAAAAUCUGUUUGUCAGAAAAAAAUCUGAUUUCUGACAAACAGCAUUUCUGCAGAUCAGUCAGUAGAUGGCAGCAUCCUGUUAAUCUGCCUGCACAAUGUUGUUUAUAUUAUAUUUAUAGUAAACAUGCAUACUGGUUUGUACACAGUGUGUAUAUUAUUUAUAUUGUUUCCUUAAAUGAAUAAACUUGAUCAACAAAACCA